CGGCUGGGUAGAUCUGGAGGCAGAAGAUGCGUACGCAUUUCAAUUCAUUCCAUCACCCUACUACUGUCGUGACAUUCACGUCUAGUUUUAUGUUACACCGGUUUGUACUUAUAAUUCCCGCGAUCGUAUCUCGAAUAUUUACACAACAUUGAGAAAUGCUAUAACCUACGACGAACUGUUAAAUAAAUACAUUUAUGAAUGAAUAUUCAACUUUUAUUAUUAAUAAUUUAGUAUACAUGUGUCGGACGCCAAUUUUUUAAACUUUAGAUUUAAGUGUUAGUGCGGUUAAUAAUAUAAGGUUAUCGAAAUGAGUAAUAGUAAUCCUCCUCUGGAACAAAUGGAGCAAGAAGAUUUGCUUAAUAAAGGAACUGGUGGGAAGCCUGCAUAUAUUGUUAGAGCUAGACAAACCUGGUACAAUUUAAGAUUUAAAAAAAUUCCUAUCCGCUUUUGGAUAGGAGUUAUGGUCUUCCUCACGACUUACAUAAAUUAUACCACACGUGUCAAUAUGUCUAUAAAUAUUAUACCUAUGACGAAGGGUAAAUCGAAGAAGACGCCCGAAUGCUUACUGGAAGCCGCAAACCAAACACAAGAACAAUAUUCCAAUACAACAACUCAAAAAGAAUUACCAGAUUUCGGGCCUAGAUACGAUUGGGACGAACAAAUUCAAGGUCUUAUACUGGGUAGCUACUUCUGGGGUUACACUAUCCUAUCAUUACCAGCUGGAUCUAUAUCAGAAUGGUUUGGUCCAGCUAAAGUUAUAUUUUGGGCGACGUUAGUCACUGGUAUUUUCAAUUCCUUGUGCGUACCAGCAUCGUGGGUCCAUUAUUCGCUCCUGAUCGUUUGCAGAUUUGUAAUUGGUGCUUUGGGGGGUUUGGUUUAUCCGGCUUUACAAGUACUUAUAGCCAAAUGGGCUCCUCCUGCCGAAAAGGGAAAAUUCGUAGCGGGUCUGAUGGGAAAUACUUUAGCCACAUGCUUGACGUGGCCGUUAGUAGGUGCUAUAAUAACAGCUUCGAAUUGGAACUGGGGUUAUCAGAUGAUAACAAUACAAAUCGUAGUUUUUCUUAUCAUAUUUUACUUUGUGGCCGCCGAUUCGCCGGAUGAUCAUAAAUUCAUUACGCCCGAAGAGGUGGAAUUCAUUAAAGAAGCACAAGGCGCCUCGGUUUCAAAGAAAAAGCGUGCACCUCCAUAUAAAGAGAUCUUUACGAAUCUACCAUUUUGGAUAUUGAAUAUUUUACAUUUCGGUAAUUUGUGGGGUUUAUAUGUGCAACUCCAAAGUGUACCGAAAUUCAUGGCCGAAGUAGUAGGUUUCAGCUUGAAGGAAUCUGGUAUUUAUGGAGCGCUACCCCAUUUAAUGAGAAUGUUCUUUGGAACAGCUUACGGAGCUAUAGGAGACCAUCUGAAGAAGAAGGGAGUAUCGGCUAAAGUGAUAAGAAAAUCUUUUAUUCUAGGAUCACAUAUUAUACCGGGUAUAUUGAUGUUCAGCAUAUGUUUGAUCGGUUGCGAUUGGAUGCCUUUGUUGGCGCUACUCACGUUCAGUAUGGCGAUCAACGGAGCUGCGGUAUUGACGAACUUGCAAAAUCCUCAAGAUUUGGCGCCGAAUUUUGCGGGUACUAUUUUUGGUAUCAUAAGUUGUAUCGGUGGUACGACAGGAUUUUUGGUACCUGCUAUUACCGGAAUCUUUAUUAAAGAUCACAACGGAAUGAAAGAAUGGUCGUACACAUUCAUACUUGGAGGAGGCGUUUACGUUGUUACUGGUAUAAUUUUCAUUCUGUUUGGAAGUGUGGAAGAACAAAGUUGGAACCGAGCAGCAGAUGAAUAAUAAAACUGGCCAAAAGUACAUGUUUUAGAUUAUCGAUACUAAGACAUAAUAUUGCAUUUUGUCUUUUCACUUUUUGUUACUUCCAUUCUUGUACCACUAACAUAUCAGGUAUGUCAAUAAAUAUAUGUAAUUAAUAAAACGU